AUGGCGGGGUCGCCGCUGCUCCGCGGGCCGCGGGCCGGGGGCGUCGGCCUUAUGGUGCUGCUGCUGUUCGGCCUUCUUCGGCCGCCCACCGCUCUGUGCGCGCGGCCGGUAAAGGAGCCCCGCAGCCUGAGCGCAGCGUCGCCGCCCAUGCCUGAGGCUGGCGCUCCCCGCCGCUUCCGGCGGGCGGUGCCCCGAGGAGAGGCGGCGGGCGCGGUGCAGGAGCUGGCGCGGGCGCUGGCGCACCUGCUGGAAGCUGAACGGCAGGAGCGGGCGCGGGCUGAGGCGCAGGAGGCCGAAGAUCAGCAGGCGCGCGUCUUGGCGCAGCUGCUGCGUGUCUGGGGCUCCCCCCGCGCCUCCGACUCGGUGCUGGGCCUGGACGACGACCCCGACGCGCCCGCCGCGCAGCUCGCCCGCGCCCUGCUUCGUGCCCGCCUGGACCCUGCAGCCCUCGCAGCCCAGCUUGUCCCCGCGCCGGCCCCCGCCGCUGCGCUCCGACCCCGGCCCCCAGUCUACGACGACGGCCCCACAGGCCCGGAUGCUGAGGACUCAGGCGACGAGACGCCCGACGUGGACCCCGAGCUGCUGAGGUACUUGCUGGGGAGAAUCCUCUCGGGAAGCGCUGACUCCGAGGCUGUGGCCACCCCGCGCCGCCUCCGCCGCGCCACUGACCAGGAUCUGGCCGCUGAGGUGCCCCCUGAGGGCGUGCUGGGGGCGCUGCUCCGCGUGAAACGCCUGGAGACCCCUGCGCCCCAGGCGCCGGCGCGCCGCCUCCUGCCGCCCUGAGCACUGCCCAGAUCCCGCGCGACCUGAGAUCCAGGAGCGCCUCGCCACCCGGACUGCUCCCCUCCAGCACGUCGAGAGCAGCUUACCCUGGCAGCCGCUGUGGCUGUCCUCCAACCCCAAGAUCUCCAC